GAAUUGACGACUUCACAUGGAAUAAGCGCAGCCGGCCAGAAAAUUAGUUGAAAUUGUUCAUCCAGAAUUAUUUUGUAUAUCAAAUAAGUUGCUUAAACCAGUGUUAUCAUUAUCUCGUAAUUGUAUUCAGUGCAGGAGCGCCAAAAUGAUGAUGCAAUUGAUACAAAUUCUCGAGAAAACUGUGUCGCCAGAUAAAACCGAACUUCUGGUGGCGAAGAAUUUUCUCGAGCAAGCAGCCGACUCGAAUCUGCCUGAAUUCCUGAAAGCCCUCUCCGAUGUACUCGUGCGGCCGGAGAACAGUUCUGUGGCCCGAAUGGCGGCCGGAUUGCAGCUCAAGAAUCACCUGACCAGCAAGGAGACGAAGACGAGGGAUGAGUAUCAGCAGCGAUGGCUUCAGUUUUCCCAAGACAUCCGGGAAUACGUGAAGAAGAAUAUUCUCUCGGCGCUUGGAACAGAAGACACCAGGCCAUCGUCGGCGGCUCAAUGUGUAGCUUAUGUGGCGAUGGCGGAGCUGCCGAUGCACCAGUGGGAUUACCUGAUCAUGACCCUAGUGAACAAUGUGGUGGGCGAGCAUUCCACAGAGAUGAUAAAGGAGGCUUCUCUGGAAACAAUUGGGUACAUUUGCCAGGACAUCAGUGCGGAAGUGCUGGAAUUGCAGUCCAAUCAGAUCCUCACGGCCAUCAUUCACGGCAUGCGCAAGGCCGAACCGAGCAAUCACGUUCGCCUGGCGGCCACGAAUGCCCUGUACAACUCCCUGGAAUUCACGCGCGCCAACUUCAAUCAGACCUCAGAGCGCAACUACAUCAUGGAAGUGGUGUGCGAGGCCACGCAGAGUCAGGACACGCAGAUCUGCGUGGCGGCACUGCAGUGUCUCGUGAAAAUCUUGUCGCUCUACUAUCACUACAUGGAGCCAUACAUGGUGCAGGCGCUCUUCCCGAUCACUCUCGAGGCCAUGAAGUCGGACAACGACCAAAUCGCGCUGCAGGGCAUUGAGUUCUGGUCGAAUGUCAGUGACGAGGAAAUCGAUCUGGCCAUUGAGAAUCAAGAGGCGCAAGAGACUGGCAACACGCCGCAACGUGUCUCGAAGCACUAUGCUCGCGGGGCUCUGCAGUACCUGGCACCCGUGCUCAUGGAGAAGCUGACCAAGCAAGAGGAGUUCGACGAUGAGGAUGACUGGAACACGUCAAAGGCAGCCGGUGUGUGUCUGAUGUUGCUGGCAACGUGCUGUGAGAACGAUAUCGUGCCCCACGUGAUGCCAUUCAUCAAGGAGAAUAUCAAGGGGGAAAACUGGCGCAACAGAGAUGCCGCUCUUAUGGCAUUCGGCUCCAUCCUCAGUGGCAUCGAUUCCAACAUUCUGAAGCCGCUUGUGGAACAAGCCAUGGUCACAUUGAUUGAGUCAAUGUACGACAACAGUGUUGUAGUGCGAGACACGGCAGCGUGGACUUUCGGAAGGAUCUGCGAAGUGAUUCCCGAGGCAGUGAUCUCAUCGCCGCAUUUGUCGAAGCUUCUGGAAAGUCUGCUGCGCGGUCUGAAGCAGGAGCCUCGCGUUGCAGCCAAUGUGUGUUGGGCAUUCACUGGUCUGUCUGAGGCGGCAUACGACGCUCCACUUGUGUAUGAAAACACACCGAAGACCUACUGUCUGUCUGAGUACUUUGAGUACAUCAUUGAGUGCCUGCUGGCCACAACCGAUCGUCCCGACGGUGCUCAGGCUAAUCUCAGAUCGGCAGCGUAUGAGGCAUUGAUGGAGAUGAUCAAGAAUUCACCGUCAGAUUGCUACAUUGUGGUGCAAAAGACAACAAUGGUGAUUCUCGAGAGGCUGAAUCGUGUUCUGGCAAUGGAGAAUCACAUUGCUGUGCCCAAUGAGGCUCACCAGAUGAGUGACUUGCAGUCUCUCCUCUGCGCCACGCUGCAGGCUGUGCUUCGCAAAGUGGAACCGGAUGAUGCACCAAAAAUCUCAGAUAUUGUCAUGAAUUCCCUCUUGAGCAUGUUCGCAUCGAAUUUUGGCAAGGUGGGAAAUGUCCAGGAGGACGCUCUGAUGGCCGUGUCGACGCUGGUUGAUCUGUUGGGUGAGAAAUUUCUCACAUACAUGGAUGCCUUCAAGCCCUACCUUUACAUGGGAUUGAAGAAUCAUCAGGAGUACCAGGUGUGUUGCGCUGCUGUCGGACUCACCGGUGAUAUCUGUCGUGGUCUCAAGCUGAAGGUGUUGCCCUACUGUGACGAAAUUAUGACCUUGCUGCUGGAGAACUUGAGCAAUGUCAAUCUGCAUCAGAGUGUUAAGCCGCAGAUACUCUCUGUGUUUGGCGACAUCGCGAUAAGCAUUGGGCCAGAAUUCAAGAAAUAUCUGGAACUGGUGGUGAAUAUGCUGAUGCACGCCUCUGUUGUGCAGGUUGACAAGACCGAUAUGGACAUGGUGGAGUAUCUGAAUGAGCUGCGUGAAAGUGUGCUCGAGGCGUACACGGGCAUCAUUCAGGGCCUGAAAGGGGCCGGAGAGAAGCCAUUGCCGGAUGUGGAGAUGAUGCAACCGCAUGUGCCCCACAUUCUCAAAUUCAUUGUCACAAUAGCCCAGGAUAAAGAUUUGUCGGACAACAAUAUUGGAGUGAGCGCUGGACUGAUUGGGGACUUGUGCACCGCCUUUGGCCCACCGCUACUGCAGCUGGUGGACAAUGAGCCGAUAAGUAAGCUUCUGGCUGACGGCAAGAAAUCCCGCCUGGCGCGAACGAAGGCUCUGGUGAAUUGGGCGUCGAAGGAGGUGAAGAAGUUGCGAACGAUGCAGCAGCAGCAACCGAUGGUCAACAGUUGAUUAUAUCCAACCAUCAGUGACCAUGCUUGUCCAAAUCCCCAAAUAAGCUACAAUUACCAACCUGUGCAGGUAACACAAUCUCAAUCAUCUAUCCGAUAAACUAUAUCACAGGAAGAGAAACAUACAUAAAAAUUUCCAAUAUAUAUCACCUUAAAAUUUCUUCCGAUUAUAAAUUUAUCUUAAGCUCUGUUUGAAUAGUGUUAAACUUGAGACAUUUUGUAGGAACUUUUUUUUUCUCUUUUUUGGAUGGGAACAAGAGCACCAAAGUUAGUGUUCGUAUAUUCGAGAUUCACCAAAACAAACACUUCUUAUUUCAUUAUUAUCUUAUGCAAUUGGCCGAAGUCGAAGUUUUAUACACGCAUUCAACAAUUUUCGUUAAGUAAAUAAUACACGGAAAACCAAAAAGAAAAAUAAUUCAUCGGAGUGUUCUUGCCUGUUUCAAAUUGUUUAUGGAUUUUAUUGUGAGAUAUUUUUAAUUUAAAAUAUUAAUUAUCUGAAGAACCAAUCAGCAAAUGAAAUUUUUUUUUUGAUAAAUCAUACAGAUAAUAUAGUAGAAGAAAAGGAAAAAUCAAAUAAAAUUAAAAGGAGUAGUUGAGUACGUGCGAAAGGAGACGGAAGAUCGAGAGUGACUGUGUGGAGAGUGGAGACGGGAAAGCGGAAAUAUACAAGAGAGAUAUUACUGAUUAAAGGAGAAUUAUCAGAGGAGCAAAUGUGAAUGGUUUUGAAUGGUUCUUUUAUGAUUGCCUUCUUGUUGACUUUAUGUUGUUGAUGAUUGUUCCUCUUUUAUUUUCACCCCUACUUCCACUUCCAAGAACUAAUGACUGUUGUGAUUCUGAUGCAGAGGCGUGCGCUAACGUUGAGACAUCGAGAGAAGGAAAUCAAAAGGGGAUUUGGUGAGAGGUUUUGUCUUUGGGUAAUAGUGAAGGAAGAGAGCGAGAGAAAGAGUGACACUUGGGUCCAUGUGAGAUUCGGAGAAAAGAACUUGUCUGAUUAGUGCGUGAUUCUGAGCAAUAUAAGGUAUUACGUGAAGCGGUGAGAGAGUAAUUAUUAGAUCCUAGCCGUAGGAGUUAAAGAUGAAAUAUCAAUUUGUGAGUGCCUCUAUUUUGCGUGAGAACUUAAUUGAACCUAUGAAUGUGUCAUAGGCGAAAUGCGGUAUUUAGAGAUUGUCUAGGUGAAAAUGAAAAGUGGAUAUCUUUUCUAACUUCAUUGCUAAUCUCAUUCCCUAUUGGUUUUUUGCUUUAUUUAGGGCCAAGAUGAGAUUGUCCGACUGAUAUGAGAUGCGAAAAAGAGUUUGUAGAUCAUUCUUGGGGGUAGGAUAUUAAAUUUUUGAUAUUGAAAAGAUCAUAAACGGUCCAAAAUAUUGAAUUUUACACACCUUUUUAUUUGUUUUCACUCUUCUUAUUCUUACACAAAAAAAGGAAUGCUUAGAUAAAUUGAAUCGAAUUUUUCUUUAUAAAAAUAUAAUUAUAUUGACUAAAGUAUAUUAUUACGCUUAAAUGAAAUUUAAAGCUGUGGGCAUUGUUUAUGUGUGGCGAGAGGAAACAAAAACCAAAAAUGAUGUAAUAGAUUAAUUUUUCUUAUAGGGUUUCGUUCGUUUUGAAUAAAGAUUAAUUACAGCAUGAUUAAUCAAAAUGAAAAUAUAAUACAAAUCACAUAUAGACAAUGUACAUAACAUAUAAAAUCUAUGAUAAUCUGAGGAUAAAUUGAUUAAACCGUUUCUGAUCUUCCACACGAAAAUAGAGCGAUCAAACUUACAAUUUCAUCCUACUUUGCUUAAUUCUCCAGAAUUUCUUUCAGUUGAUAUGAUUCUUUUUUUUGGAUUUCAUACGGCGAAGUAGGAUGAAUGGAUAAUUGAAGAUCCUCUUAUUCGUGCUAGUUUACCUUCCAAUGGAUUUCACGGAAAUUCAUUAACUAAAAUUCUACAUAUAAUUUCUAAUACAAUACAUAAUAAUAGGUAAUAAGAGAGAAAAUGAGUGUGUUGCAGUGUGAUAGUUUAGUAUAAGUUGUUGGGCAGUUUCCAGAAUAAUUAGAGGAACAUGAAUGGUGUGCAACAGCGUGACGUGUGAAAGAAAUGUGCAUCUGAAACCUAUAUUUUCGAUAUGAAGGACAAUACCAUAACUGAGAAAGGUAAGAUAUCGAAUUUCUAUGUAAAUUUUGGUAUUUUUCCAAUGUCUUUCCUCAAUUUUUGCCACAGGUUUAGAAAUUUAACAAAAAAUAAUGAAUUUCGCUCUUGCAGAAUGAAGAGAAAAAAUGGGUGUGAAUUUGAAAAUUUCCUGAGCUUACAUGAUGAUUUGGAUGACUCAAUAAACUAAGAAGUGUGUAAAUGAGAUGAAAAAUUUUCAAUCACAUCAUAUGCUGUCAAAUCAUUUAUUAGGGUUGAAAGAAGAAAAUAUUUUCAAAAAAAAAAAGAUAUCAUUGUAAUACAAUAUGUGGGAGAGAGCGAGAGAGAGAUAGUUAAUAUUUUUAAUCGACUUGAUUAAAUGAAACUGAUAAUGCCAUUCCAUUUUUCGAGAUGAGUAUAAAAGGGUGAAGUAGUGAUAUAAAUGUAUAAAUUGAUGAACAUAUUUCUCUGUAAGAUAAACGGUGAAAGUGUGAAUCUUAUGUUAAGAUGAGACACAUUCUAUUUAAGUGAUAGAUCCUGUAAAAUUACAAUAACUCCAAAAAAGAAAAACAACAAAUAAUAUAGUCAAGUCAAGUGUGUGAAGACAACACAAUAAGAUGAAACAUUUCUGAGGGAACGAUAUUUUUUCUCGUAAUGCGAUGCACAAAUCCGAUAUUUAGUGUUAUUUUUGAAACUGUAAAAAUUUAUCAUCCAUCAUCAGAAAUUAUUGGAAACUAUUUCUUUUUCACCAGCAAAAUUCAAAAGAUAUUUUUCCAAGGUAAUAGAAAGAAAAUUGUAGCAAAUCCUUGAAACUCUUACUUAUGUCUAAGUCUUAAAUGUAAAAUUGAUUAGUAGGUGUGAGAAAGAAUUCGCUAGAGAGAGAGAGAGAGAGAGAAGACAGUGAGUGAGAUAGAGAGAGAGAGAAAGAGAGAACGAGUCAUUUAGGAGCAAAUGGGUAAUUCUGUGAUUUGGAAAAGCUUUUCGUCAGCUUAAAAUGAGAAAAAUGUGAAUUAAAAGAAAUUGAAAAAUGAAACAAAAUAUCACUAUAUUGAAUAUUUCGCGUCCAUAAUUGUAAUUACGAUGUAAAUUUAAGAGGAUACAAAGACUUUUUAAGCUGAUAAAGGUUUUCCAAGGUUCAAAAAUAUAUGAUAGAAUUCAUAUGAAGUAUAUAGGAGAACAUGAAUAAUAGAGAGAGAAUAAAUAUUAGGAAUAGAUAAAAGAAAAACAUAUAUACCAUUCUGAGUGAGUGGGAAUGAACAAAAAAAAUGAAUUUUAUAUUGUUAUGAGGGAAAACAAUAGUGAAGGGAGAAAGACCGCGAGGAGUAGGUGAAUUUUUGUGAUAAAAUAUAAUUCUAGAGAUCAGGAUGAUGAAACGUGUGAUGUGAUACAAACAAUUUCUUUCCUCUUUUCAUGUAAAUCGUAACUUCCACUGAUAAUUUGAUGGUUUUACAAUAUUGUCUGAGUUGUUGCCUUUGAACUAUUCCUUUUUAUACUUUAUCGUCGUAUUGAUUCAAAGGAUUUUCGAACGUAUUGGAAAAGAGUUGAAAGAAAUGUGCAUGCAAGAGAUAGAGAGAGAAAGAGAAGAAAUUCUACGGCAUUAUUAUAUUGUGAUGAUAGUGUAAAUGUGUAUAUUUUCUAUACACUGAUGACUUCUGAUUGCCUAACGUGAAUGUUACUAAAGAUGAAAUAAAGAAAAACGAAUGCGAUUUUCUCUUAUGAAUGAGAAAAAAGAGAUAAUAUGUUGAAUGAACGAGAGUUCUUUGAUUAUAAUAAGAAUAAAUCUGUGAAUGAGAAACAUUGAUGUUCAAUUAUAAUUUAUUGCUAGUAAGAGGGAGAAAAAAAAGAAACAUGUAAAUGAUGAUUCAGGGAACGAAUGUAUUUUUUGAUUCUUUAGCGUAGAGCGAGACAAUAUUUAGUGAAAAAGAAAAUUUAGAAUGAGGCGAUAGUGUUUGCGUGAAAAAUGUGAUCUUUACAAAAUAACUAGGAAAUUGUUGAAACAUGAAAUGUUUGUGAGAAAUAAUGUUUAAAUGGGAGAAAAGCAUAUGAAGAGAACAACAAUUGUUCCUGAUCAAUUGAUGAAACAUGUGAAAAAGGAGGAAAAAAGGGAGGAAAUUGGUAACUGGAGUAUCAGUGAAAGUGAGCUGAAUUGUAAUCCCCAAUUUACUUUAUGACUGAUCCUGCGCUUAAAACUGGAGUGAGAUGUUGAGCGAAUGUAAGGAAAAUUAUGUCUCAAUUUCUGAAUUGUUUUGUAUGCGACUUUUUAUGAAUGAAUAAAUUUAUGACUGCCAAAA